GGGGGUAAAGUUCGACCCCGGCGGAGCUGGGAGGGUAGAUAGAGAGAGGUAGAUAAAGAAAUAACGAGGCAUACACUGUAGAGGCAGAGGGGUUUCUGUCAGGCCAUCAUGGAUACCUCUACAGCUGCAGCGAUCCUGAUUUCUCUGGUUCUCUCAGUGGGCGCCCAGGCCCCGGUUGUGUCCAUUGAGCCCCGCGUGGUGUCGGUGCGGCAGGGAGAGUCCGUUAGCAUCAGGUGCAUCGUGGAUGGAAGUCAACAUCCCAUCACGCGGGAGUGGAAGAAGUCCAACAGCCCACGCUUAGCUGAUAAUGUGAAGGUGAGCCGCGAUGGUUCUGUCCUGACCAUCGCUGACGCCCAGCCCGAUAACCAGGGCCAGUACCGCUGUGUGGCGGCGACCCGCGGCCGCACCUCUGGAACAGCUGUGCUGAACGUCAGAUAUCCUCCGACAGUGACACUGACUCCUGCUGGGCCCCUGCGGGUCCGGGUGGGUGAACCUGUAUCCAUCGAAUGCCGCGUCACAGGCCGGCCGCGGCCAAGCCUCAAGUGGAAACGCCUGGGCUCCUCCCUGGAUCUUGUUACCAAGGCAACAGAGGAUGUGAACACCCUAGAGUGGGCGCUGGUCCGGCCGGAGGACUCGGGCGUGUACGCCUGCCAGGCGCAGAACAACGAGGGCAUGACGGAGGUCAAGGUGGAGGUGACGGUCCAGAACCAGGGCACUCCUGUGGCCUCGGUGGCGGCGGAGCUCAUCACAGCGGUGCAGGGACACACCGUCACCAUGCAGUGUCACGCCACUGGGAAUCCUACGCCGGUCGUCACCUGGUCCAAACUCAGGGCGCCGUUGCCGUGGCGACACACGGUUUCCGGUGGCGUUCUGACCCUGACCGAGGUGGGGCGGCAGGACUCGGGGCAGUACAUCUGCAACGCCACCAACGUCCACGGCUACAGUCAGGUGUACACCCAGAUGGAGGUCGAGGCCCCGCCGUACACCACCAUCCUGCCCGAGCAGGUGCGGCUGCGAGCGGGGGACGCCCUGCGGCUCCAGUGCCUUGCCCAUGGGGCGGCGCCGCUGAGCUUCCAGUGGAGCAGGGCGGGUCGGGCGGGCCUCGCCCCCGGGGCAGAGACCACCGGCGACGGGCAGCUGCUGAUAGCGCGGGUGAAGCUGUCGGACAGCGGGACGUACAAGUGCGUGGCCACCAACCACCUGGGGGCCAGUGAGGCACUGGGCAAGGUCGUCGUCAAGAAUUAAGGACCACUUGUGCUGGAAGCUCCCUACACUGUCCCAGCUCCACCAACGUUAACCCAGUAUAACUUUGCCAAACGAGGACAACUAGACAACUAGACGACAUACUACCACAGUACUCGUCAGUGCCAUACCAUCAUCAUUGCCUGUGAUACACAUUAUCAAUCAUCAGAGAGUUUAAUUGCAUCUUUCGCGAUCCUGUUACUCACAAUGCCGCAACGUUACACUUUACGAGGGGAUAAUAUAUGGCACGACCUCGCAUACUGACAUGUCCCCACUCACAGUCUGCUGUAUUUACAAACCGACCUGUACAAAUAAAAGUGAUACAGUAAACCAA